ACGUCACUUCCUGUCUUCCUGUGCGCCAUGUUUUUCAGCAGGAGUGGGGUGAUGUUUUAGUGAGGUACAAUUAAAAGUGGCGAAAUGUUGCGCUUGGCUUGAAUUUCAGCAGACGAUCGCAGAUGCGAUAGAGAAGGCGGAUUGAGCGAAACUCAGACGCCGCGGACUAUGAAGUAGCCGAUUCAAUAGCGCGCGCCUUUCAGUGACGCCGGAAGAAACCGACGGACAUCCAUCCACUCAAACGGCAGCUUUGUGCCUGAAUAUUAAAGGAUCGUCAAAAUGUAUCAGGUUCCAGUAAAGAACCUGACAGAACUCAGACGACCGAGAAAACGCGUCAAAAGUAUUUUGAGUGACAUUGGGAUGCAGCAGUGUCAAGAACUGAUAGAGACAUACAAAGACUUUGAUACUGGGGAUGCAAGUUUCAACGGCACAGAAUGGGAUGAUUUCACUGAUGGUCAUGUUGGCAAGAAAAGAAAAAAGCAUCCAUACCGGAGCCAGGCAUUGUGUUGCAAUCUGUGUCGGUAUGGCAGCGAGUCUGUAACUAGAUUCAGAACUCAUCUUUUUCGCUGCCACGAACACAUGCUGGACCUUGCCUGUCUGUUACUGUGUCCCCACUGCCCAUUUGUUGACACUCCAAAAGUCACAGACCAACACAUGAAGUUAUUUCACGGCAUUCCAUCAAAAGGCCAAGCCAUUGCUGUUCAAAACAGCCCUAGACCCUCUUUGGCCCACACAUCAAGAACUGUGUCAGUUACAAUCUCUGCUGAUGCAGCUGAUGACCGAUAUAUAUGCGCAACAUGUGGCUAUCAUGACUCUUUACUGUAUGUGAUGAAGAAGCAUGUCUUGGUAAACCACUAUGCUAUGAAGUUGGACCAUUACUUUGGCCUUGGCCCGGAUCGCACACAAAAGAAAGAGGGUGAGCAAAAACGUGAUGGUACUGUAAAAUAUCACUGUAAAGUGUGCAAACUGCCAGCGGAGACCAUUGAGCAUCUACUCUAUCACAUUUUGAGUUCGGAGAAACACAAAGACCUCAACAGGCAGAUAAUGCCUUCCAUAAUCGAAAAGAACUGCUCGAAUCAAAUCGCCAGACAACCGAAUCUGCUAAGCCUCAAACCGAAAGCGAUGCAGCAGGUAACACUGGUUGCGAGAUCGAACUACAUGCAACAACAGAUGCAACAAACGAAUGGAAAUGGUAUAUCCAAGUCUAAUGGCACCGUACUCAUGGCUGGACCAAGCAACACGGCCGCUUUGUUUUGCUCUCCUGGUGGAGGGCAAAUGUUUCUUUCCCCACAAACACAAGCCUUAUAUUCAGGCGCAACCGUGACUACACUUCAGAACAGGCAGCAGCAGCCCUCUGCUGGAUUGCCACAAGUGUUGCCAAGCUCACAGAUAGUAAAGCCGAUUAAUAUGAUGAUGCCAAACAUGUCACAAAGCACACACAACACAGUACCCAUUACUAUGACCAUGCCCAGGUUACCACAACCUCAGCAAGCACAGAAGGUCGUUUUUCCACCUGGUCUACAGGUCAACCUUCCAGCCGAAAUGGGUGUGCGUCCGCCCAUUCUUGUUACUCCAGGUCUUCAACUGAAUCAUUCAGUUCCCAGAUCUCCUCUCAUAACCUCUCAAUCCGUGCGUCUCAUUCCCACAGGCAACCAGGUCAAUGGCGUUCCAACCUACACUUUAGCACCGGUGCAGGUCACAGUGCCUGUCCAGGGCAACCCUGCCCAAAUGCUUUUGACACACAACACUCCUCACGUCAACCAGCCUCCAAAUUCAGCUGUGGUGCCCGCUGGUCUUAUGCCUACCAUUCAGAGGGCAAUCAAUAGAAAUGCUGUACCGAACGAGUUGGCUGUGCUCGCUCCAUUUUUGAAAAAACAUAACGAUUGCACCGUCAAGUGUCUAAGGUGCAAAAUUUUGCUGACAGAGCAGGGGAUUUUUCAACAUUUGUUGCAUGGCUUGAAGUGUCUGUUCUGUCCUCAGAUGUUUUACUCGUUCAAACAAAUAAUGCAUCACUCAACGAAAGAGCACAGCCUCACAAUCAAGCAGAAUCGAGAUUUCAUAAAAGAGCAGUUUAGUCUUGACUGUGACGAAAAGGGCAACCUGAUGUUUACUACCUUUAAUCUAAACACAGAUGUGCCCAAAGACCUGCUCGAUAACAGAGAGCUCAACCUGGCACUGAUCACGAGCUUUCAGGAGAAAAUAUACAUUAAAAUGUAUCCAGAUAAGGCAGAAUACCCAACCACAUUGAAGGCAACACCUACCAACUGUCAAUUCUGUCCGGUGAAGUUCGAGACUUCUGAAGAAUACGAGCAGCAUCUUCAAUCAGAGCACCACGUCGUUCCCACCGUUCAUGCAAUACUGAAAACUCCUGCUUUCAAAUGCAUAUAUUGUUAUGGAGUAUACACUGAAAAAUCAACACCAAAAACCAUUUCCAUUCACGUGCAGCGCUGUCGUUGUGCUCCCAAAGCAGUCAAAGAGGCGGAGAGGAAACUUAACCCAGAUACGAUGGGACGCCUUGAUGUCGAUUUAUGUAGUCCUGUUCAGACUGGAAACUCUUCAGAAGUAAUCUCUGAGAAUAAAGUGGAUUGUGUCAAGCCAAAGAGAGAGUCUACUGGAGAGAAGAGGACCAGAAGGAAAGUUUCCAAAAAUAGAGCAUCAGUUUCCAAAAAUACAGCGUCAGUUUCAAAAAAUACAGCCGCAGUUUCAAAAAAUACAGUGGCAGUUUCCAAAAACACAGCAUCAGUUUCAAAAAAUACUGCUUCAGAAGACCCUCCAGCUCCAGUUGAACUUGUCUUGGACCCAACAGGAAUGGAAAUGACAUCCUUUGAAGACAGAAAAGAGUUCCUUUCAAGAUACUUCCAUCGCAAACCAUACGUGACAAAGACUGAAAUGGAAUUGCUUGCUUCCCGUUUGUACAUAAACAAGGGUGAUGUAAAGGCUCACUUUAAUACCAAGCUUACAAAGUGCUUGAAAGCGAUCCAAAAGAAAAAGACUUACGUACUGCUCGGGUUCAAAAUGAACGACGUGAACAGGUUGCAACACAAUCUGUAUAUUCCAGUGGUGCAGCCUGUGAAAAGACUGAAAACUGAAAUAACUAAACAGGGGACAUGUUUGUAUAGAGCGUAUUCAAACUAGGAUGCGAGCAUUGCAAGAUGUUUAUUUAUAAAAUGACUUGAUAUACACAUUUAUGAAAUGAUUUGCCUCUUGGCUGUGGUCUUUGUUGUUUUGGUGGAAAAAAACUUUUGAUCACAGACUCUCCCCACCAUACAUUUUUGUAUUUGUGAUGUAUAUAGUUCAUAGGAUGAUGGUGUUAAACUGUAAAAAAUUGUUUUUACACAUCAAUACUCUAAGACUAAAACACUCAAUUUAGCUUAUUUUAUAUUGAAGUUGUUUUUUUACGCUUGCACAAUAUAUUUAGGGUGUUAUGUAGUAAAACAGUUCUGCAUCUAACAUUUUGUAUUACAGUUUUAAAAAGUGAAGGCCUGGUAACUUCAUACUAACUGGCAAAAAGUAGAAUUUAAAAGCUGUAUCACUGAGAGGGACACUUUGUUUUAUGUACGUUUUGUUUCCAUAUAAUACACUGUAAUUAUUUUUGAGAUGUAAAAAUAAGUGCCUCCGUGUCCUCUUUAAGGUUUGCAGUUGUAUUUGCUUCUCGAAAUAAAUGUGACUAAAUGUUUCACAAAGUAAAUGAUUGCAAUUUAAUUAACAGACUUCUAAUUUUAUUAAUUUGUAUGUAAGGUGACAAUUUGUGACAUUUUACAAAUAAAAUAAUUGACCAAUUCA